UAAUUUUUUUUUGUAAAUAUACUGUUCAGUUUUUAGAUGUACAUUUAAAAUUGUAAACAAUCCACCCUGGCGUCCAAGCCUCGCCUCACCCAUCGUAAAGCAUGGUUCAGGUUCCCUCCUCUUCCUCCAGUCGCCCCUCUUAGCCUCUUAGGUUUUUCUUCAAUGACUUCCCAGACCCAGUGCCUACACUCAGGGGCCCUGGGCUCCCUCAGGUUCCAUGCUCGGCAUCUCCAGGACAAGCAGGGUUCCACGUCUUCCCAGAAAGCCUACUCCUCCCUGGGGUCCCAGGUCCCCCCACUCCCUGCCUGGUCAGUCCCUGCCUCCCCUGACUCUUCACACCUGCCCAUUUUCCCUCGUAUCCUCCCCACCUCUCCCCCAGCCUCGGCCUCUCCCCCAGGGCAGGGACAGGGUGUCUGAGGGCCAGGGGGGUUAGCUUUGAGUGUUUGUUGAUUGAAACACCAAGUGAAUAGAAAAUCAAGCCUAAACUGGCAGCCUGAGCACUUCCUUUUGUCUGCAAACUGCUCAGGUGUCUCACCCUGCCAGGCUUUGGCACUGGCUCUUUCCUCAUCCAAGGGAUACCCUUUCCCUCAACUCCUACCUUAUCUGGAGAACUCUUAUGUUACCUGCAAAACCUAAUCCCAUUGUACCCUUCCCUGCCAGAGUCAUAAAUUCAAUCCUCAACUCAGGGGUACUGGGGGCAUUUAUGACAAGCUGUGUCAUAAAUUAUAACAGCUUCUCUCAGGACCCGUGGCCAGGAAGUGGGUGAUUGUCCCUAAUGACCCUCACUCCUCUCUUCUCUCUGCCUAGCUACUCUGACGCAUGGAUCCCCUGGGCCCAGCCAAGCCACAAUGGCUGUGGCGCCACUGUCUGGCCGGGCUGCUGUUUCAGCUGCUGGUGGCUGUGUGUUUCUUCUCCUACCUGCGUGUGUCCCGAGACGAUGCCACUGGGUUCCCUAGGUCAGGGCUCAUGGCCGUGGCACCUGUCACUGGAGUUCCCAAUGGGUCCCGCUGCCAGGACAGCACGACAACCCCUGCCCGCCCCACCCUCCUGAUCCUGCUGUGGACGUGGCCUUUUAACACACCCAUGGCUCUGCCCCGCUGCUCAGAGAUGGUGCCCGGCACGGCCGACUGCAACAUCACUGCCGACUCCGAUGUGUACCCACAGGCAGACGCGGUCAUCGUGCACCACCGGGAUAUCAUGUACGACCCCAGUGCCGACCUCCCGCCCCCCACCAGGCCGCAGGGGCAGCGCUGGAUCUGGUUAAGCAUGGAGUCUCCCAGCAACUGCCGGCAUCUGCAAGCCCUAGACAGAUACUUCAAUCUCACCAUGUCCUACCGCAGCGACUCCGACAUCUUCACGCCCUACGGCUGGCUGGAGCCGUGGUCCGGCCAGCCUGCCCACCCACCGCUCAACCUCUCGGCCAAGACCGAGCUGGUGGCCUGGGCAGUGUCCAACUGGAAGCCGGACUCGGCCAGGGUGCGCUACUACCAGAGCCUGGAGGCCCAUCUCAAGGUGGAUGUGUACGGGAAAUCCCACAAGCCCCUGCCCAGGGGGACCAUGAUGGAGACGCUGUCCCGGUACAAGUUCUACCUGGCCUUCGAGAACUCCUUGCACCUGGACUACAUCACCGAGAAGCUGUGGAGGAACGCCCUGGAGGCCUGGGCCGUGCCCGUGGUGCUGGGGCCCAGCAGAAGCAACUAUGAGAGGUUCCUGCCGCCCGAUGCCUUCAUCCACGUGGAUGACUUCCAGAGCCCCGAGGACCUGGCCCGAUACCUGCAGGAGCUGGACAAGGACCACGCCCGCUACCUGAGCUACUUCCGCUGGCGGGAGACGCUGCGGCCUCGCUUCUUCAGCUGGACACUGGCUUUCUGCAAGGCCUGCUGGAAACUGCAGGAGGAAUCCAGGUACCAGACGGUGCACAGCAUAGCGGCUUGGUUCACCUGAGAGGCCGGCGAGGGGCCUGGGCUGCCGGGACCUCACUUUCCCAGGGCCUCACCUACCUAGGGUCUCACUAGUCUGGGGAUUUACCUACCUGGGGUCUCACCUGCCUGGGGCCUCGCCUGCUGGAGUCUUUGGUGGCCAGGCACGUGACUUACCUGGGACUUCACAUGCCAGGCUUUACCACUGCCAGGAGCCUCCCCUGCUGGGGACCUUGCUGGCUGGGGACGGUGCCUACUGGGAACCUCACUUGCUGGAGGCUGCACCUACUGAGGGUCUCGGCUGUUGGGGACUUUACCUGCUGGGACCUGGUCCCAGAGACCUCGCCACACUAAAUGUCACCUGUUAGGAGCCUCACUUGCUGGGGACCUCACCCUGGAGGGCACCCUGGGAACUGGUACCCUGGAGGCCCUGCCCCCGGGCGAUGGUGCAGGCUGGUUAGCUUGUGGUUUUAUUGCCGUUGUUAACCACCCAUGAGGGGUGCAAACAGACAAUGCUGUUACCAUUUUCACACGAGAAUGCUUCAAGGAAAGCUCCUGUGUCCCCCUCACCCCAGAACAGAGGUUCUCAUGCAGGGCGAUUCCAUCCCCAAGGGCACUUGGCAAUGUCCAGAGACAUUUUCAGUCAUCACAACCUGGGGAGGACGAGGUCACCUAGUGGGUAGAGGCCAGGGUUACCCCACACCCCCUACGAUGCGCAAGUCGGGGCCCCUACAACCAACAAUGAUGGUUCCAAAUGUCCAGGGGCAGAAAACCCUGUUCUAGAACUUUCUAUGACCCUGGAGGUCAAGCCCCUUGGCGGGGGAGUGUUCAGAUCUCUCGGGGGUCCUCUCCUCCGGCUGGCUCCCUGCCGUGGGCUCUGGCACCCACCCAGAAGUGAAAGUGUUUUUUCUGAAGAUCUCAGGUCAAGAACUCCCAAGUCAGGCAAGCCCUGCAUAGAUCCCUGCUCCACCACUUAGGGGCUGCAGAUGGGUUCUGACUGUAAAUGAGGACGUCUGGAACAUUCCAGAACAUUCUGGGCUUGGGGGAAAUUGCUCUCUGGAAUGCCAAGCGGGACCUGGUGGUGGAAGGUGGUGGUGAAUCCCAGGUGCUCUCUGAGCCUCAAUCUCCCCAUUUGCACAGUGGACAUGUGGGCUCUGAGGGCUGCGGAGUGGGGCCCGUGCUCUCCAGGAGUGAAGAUGGGCAGGGCUGGGAUAAAGGGACCCUCUCUGCCCAGGGCACAGGGCCCAAGGGAGCUGGAUGUGUUGCCCCAGGUGUGUAGGGCAGGUCAGAGAAGGGCAGGAUCCCCUGAGGAGGGGGGCAAGGGGAAUGUGUGUGACCGUCAGCAGUGGUGUGCACAUGGCUGGGGGACACUCGGUGUGACUGUUAGCAGGUGGGUGUCACAAACACAUCACUGUGGGUGUGACCUUGGUGUGACUCUGAUAGUGCCUGCGGAUGUGUUGCGAUGCCUGCCUGUGGCUCUAUGUGGGUGUUUGUAGGUGGUGGUGAUUGCGAAUGUGAGACAGAAUGUGUGGCCCUGGGAGGCUUUGAGUGUUGGAUGGAGCAGGAGCCCCUCUCUGAGUGUGCGUGUCUGUGUGUCUCUCUGGGUGACCGCGCAAGGCCGUAUCUGCAUGGACCUGUGUCCUUGGGUGUGGUGAAGUGGGCUGUGUGUGGCCACAUAUGGGAUUCUUAAGCUAUGUCUGCAAGUGGCUGUGACCAUGUGUGUGGCCUUGUGGAUGAGCAGGGGGAGGUGGGGUUCUUAAAAGUAUUACAGGAGGGGAAACUGAGGCCCACAGAGGGCCAGGGACCCAGGCCAAACAUUCCUCCCUGCAGGGGGGUAGGCAGAGACCCUGCAGGAUGGUGGGAGGAUCAGCAUGACCUCAGCCUCCUGAAGAAGGUGCCGGCAGUGGCUCCGCUCUGCAAAGGAGGUAGGUGGCUGAUGCCCAGAGAAGUUGAGGAACUCACCCAAGGCCACACAGCUGCCAGAGGUGAAAGUGGGUUUUCUGAAGAUCUCAGGUCAAGAACUCCAAAGUCAGGCAAGUCUCCCAUAGAGCCCUGCUCUACCACUUACGGUCUGCAAGUGUCUUCUGACUGUAAAUGAAGACUUCUGGAACAUUCCGGAACAUUCUGGAACAUUCUGGGCUUGGGGGAAAUUGCUGCUCUCUGGAGGAUGCCAUGGGGGACCUGGUGGUGGAGGGUGGUGUUGACUCCCAGGUGCUCUCAGCCCAGUUUCCCCAUCUGCACAGUGGACAUGCAGAGGUGCUUGUGAUGGCUCCCCCAGGCCCAGGUGGGAGGGUGGAGGGGCAUAGAGUGGGGAAGGUGUGGGGGGCCUGGAGAGUCUCUGCCAAACCCGCUGGUGACUCCGGGCCUGAGCCAGCCUUGCUGGGCCCAUCACUCACCUGCCACCCACACCACACACCUGGGCCCCUCUCCCCACACCCUGGCUGCAAACCAGGGGUCCCAGGAAGGGAUGGGGCCCUCGGGAGGCCAGGCCAGGGCUUCUUAACAGGGUGGUGUGGAACCAGUUCCCUGGGGAUAAGGAGUUGGAUUGGGAGCAGGUUCCUCUGUACCCUGACACCCCUGGAGCCCCCGUGGUCGCCGCCUCUACCUGAACUGAUGUCAGAAUCAACAUCUCCCUUUCUCAACUUGUCUUUCUCUCCCUCUGGAAUUUCCUGUGAGGCUUAGAGGGACGUGGAAACCCUCCUUGGGUCCCACAAGGACAGAGCCCCAGCCACCUGGCCAAUGCUAGGGGACCCUGGCCUGCCCCCUCUGGAACCGCAGCACCACCCCAAACCUCCAUUGCCUCCUGGUAUGCCCCGGAUCUCAUGUGUGGUUCAUGGCACACCCAGCCCAGCCCGUGGGGCCUUCUCCCUCCUGAGUGGCAGCUGCCCUUGGCUCCCACCCCUGGGCCCCAAGGGAAGAGAAUUUUCCAGCAGGCUGGCAGCUCUAUCACCCACCCAGCCCAGGCUGAGGGAGGAACUGGGGGGUCCAAUGAGGGCAGAGACCCCAGUGAGGAGGUCCUCGUGAUUCCCCACUCUGGGCUCUGGGCUCAGCUCUUUGGCAGGGAGAUUCCAUCCAGCACUAGCCUGGUGAGCCCUGCUCUGAGAGAGCCAGGGAAUCUCUCAGGUCACACAGCAAUUUCAGGAUAAGACACACUGUUUCUGGCAAUGGGCUGCAGCUCCUCUUCCAGAUCUCAGUGGUCGGAGACUGGUCCAGCUGUGGAUCUGAGAGCCAAGGGGCCUGGGUUGCAAUCCCAAACCCCACCUCUAGCCCUCCUGACUCCUGGCUGUGUGAACAAGGUGGACUGGGGUUAGAUGUUACAGGAGGAGGGAACCAGUUCAAAGGACACACACAAGAAGGGAUUCACGGUGAGGGCCAAUCGGAUGUGGGCCGUGAGCUGCCAGGGCAGAUCUUGGGGACAGGGCAGGAGCUCCGUGGGCAACAGUGCCAGUGCGGUAAUGACCACAUUUGAGUGGGGUGGGGUGACCUCACCAGGAAUCUGUCUUCUGCCAUGUUGUGUCAAAAGGAGCAUGUGGCCGGGCACAGUGGCUCACACCUGCAAUCCCAGCACUUUGGAAGGCUGAGGUGGGUGGAUCACUUGAGGUCAGGAUUUGAAGACCAGCCUGGCCAACAUGGAGAAACUCCAUCUCUACUAAAAAUACAAAAAUUAGCCAGACAUGAUGGCAUGUGCCUGUAGUCCCAGCUCGUUGGGAAGCUGAGGCAGGAGGAUCACUUGAACCCAAGAGGCAGAGAUUGCAGUGAGCCGAGAUUGGGCCACUGCACUCCAGCCUGGGAGACAGUGCGAGACUCCGUCUCAAAAAAAAAAAAAAGCAGGAAAGAAAGAAAAAGCAUGGCAUUCAUUUCCAGUCCCUGUGGAGGGACAGGGCAUGCAGGGAAGGGCAGGUGUGGCCAGAUUGACCAGGAUUCCGUAAUGACCCAAUAAAGCAUUUAUCAACUUC